CCGAAGCUGGGGGCGCGGCCGCGCUCGCCUCGCGGGGCCGGGAGCGGGCAGGCCCUGCCCUGAGGGGGCGAAGCCGCGGGGAGCGCGGGAGGUGGAGCCGGCCCCGGCGGCCGCCCCGCGUCUCUCCCCAGCGCCCCCUUCCCAGACCCGGCCCGAGGCGGACGCAGGCCCCUGCCCGUGCGGGGCGCCCCCAGCUCUGAAGAGUCCCUAGGGCGGGGAGCAGCUCCAGGCAGCGGCGCCGGAGGGAGAGGAAGAAGGGACUGUGCCCAGCCUGGGCGGCCCGGACCCUCCCCGCAGCUUUUGGAGCCGGGGGCCGCCCCGAAGUCUGCGCUUGGCACCGCCGCUUGAGCUAGGGCAGCGCCUGCUGGGACCCCGACCCGGACCCUCUGCGCCUUGUAGGCGGCGGCGGCGCCGCCGCGCCACCCAGCUCUUCCGCGGUCCCCCUGUGUUUGGCGGCAGUCACGGCCAAGAAAGUAUUAUGAGGGAGGCCGAGGACCCCGUGCUCCGGGCAGAGAAUCGGCGCUGGGAUUAGGGGUUGUCACUUCUGAGAGGAUGCUGGGAAUCUGCAGAGGGAGACGGAAAUUCCUGGCUGCCUCGCUGACUGUUCUCUGCAUCCCAGCCAUCACCUGGCUUUACCUCUUUGCCGGGAGCUUUGAAGAUGGGAAGCCGGUGUCCCUGUCUCCGCUGGAGUCGCAGCCGCACAGCCCCCGGUACGCGGCCGCCGGCCAGCGGGAGCGCGAGAGCCUGGAGGUGCGCGUGCGCGAGGUGGAGGAGGAGAACCGCGCGCUGCGCCGGCAGCUCAGCCUGGCGCAGGGCCGCGCCCCAGCCCACCGCCGCGGCAACCACAACAAGACCUACUCCAUGGAGGAGGGGACCGGGGACAGCGAGAACCUCCGCGCGGGCAUCGUGGCGGGCAACAGCUCGGAGUGCGGGCAGCAGCCGGUCGUGGAGAAGUGUGAGACAAUCCACGUUGCUAUUGUCUGUGCCGGAUAUAACGCCAGCCGCGAUGUCGUCACCUUGGUCAAGUCUGUCCUGUUUCACAGACGGAACCCUCUCCACUUCCACCUCAUCGCCGACUCCAUCGCAGAGCAGAUCCUGGCGACGCUCUUCCAGACGUGGAUGGUGCCCGCCGUACGUGUAGACUUCUACAAUGCGGAUGAGCUCAAGUCUGAAGUGUCCUGGAUCCCCAACAAACACUACUCUGGCAUUUAUGGUCUAAUGAAGCUCGUCCUGACCAAGACUCUCCCUGCCAACCUGGAGAGGGUCAUUGUCCUUGACACGGAUAUCACCUUUGCCACUGACAUUGCAGAAUUGUGGGCCGUGUUCCACAAGUUCAAAGGUGCGCUGGGCUUGCCCAUCUGGAAGAGUGCAGUGGGCAGAGGUGUGUGUGCUGAUUCCUUAUUGAGAUGGAUGGAGGGGCCAUUUAAGGGAACACUGUCAGCCAGCCUAGGACCAGGUCAGCAGGUCCUGGGCUUGGUAGAGAACCAGAGUGACUGGUACCUUGGAAACCUGUGGAAAAAUCACCGUCCUUGGCCUGCCCUUGGAAGGGGCUACAACACAGGGGUGAUCCUGCUGCUUCUGGACAAACUACGGAAGAUGAAAUGGGAACAGAUGUGGCGGCUGACCGCAGAGAGGGAGCUGAUGGGCAUGCUGUCCACGUCCUUAGCGGACCAGGAUAUUUUCAACGCUGUCAUCAAACAGAACCCCUUCCUCGUGUAUCAGCUCCCCUGCUUCUGGAAUGUGCAGCUGUCGGACCACACCCGCUCUGAGCAGUGCUACAGGGACGUGUCUGAUCUAAAGGUCAUUCACUGGAACUCCCCCAAGAAGCUGCGGGUGAAGAACAAGCACGUGGAGUUUUUCCGCAACCUCUACCUGACCUUCCUGGAGUACGACGGGAACCUCCUGAGACGAGAGCUGUUCGGCUGCCCCAGUGAAGCCGAUGUCAACAGUGAAAACCUCCAGAAGCAGCUCUCUGAGCUGGAUGAGGAUGACCUGUGUUAUGAGUUCCGGCGAGAACGAUUCACUGUCCACCGAACCCACCUGUACUUCUUACACUAUGAGUAUGAGCCCACUUCAGACAACACGGAUGUCACCCUGGUCGCUCAGCUCUCCAUGGACAGGCUCCAGAUGCUCGAGGCCAUCUGCAAGCACUGGGAGGGACCCAUCAGCCUGGCCCUCUACCUGUCGGACGCCGAGGCCCAGCAGUUCCUCCGCUACGCACAGGGCUCCGAGGUGCUCAUGAGCCGCCACAAUGUGGCCUACCACAUCGUGUACAAGGAGGGCCAGUUCUACCCCGUGAACCUGCUGCGCAACGUGGCCAUGAAGCACGUCGGCACACCCUACAUGUUCCUGUCGGACAUCGACUUCCUGCCCAUGUACGGGCUCUAUGAGUACCUCAGGAAGUCUGUCAUCCAGCUUGACCUUGCCAGCACCAAGAAAGCGAUGAUUGUCCCUGCAUUCGAGACACUGCGCUACCGGCUGUCUUUCCCCAAGUCCAAAGCGGAGUUGCUGUCAAUGCUGGACAUGGGGACUCUCUUCACAUUCAGGUACCACGUCUGGACAAAAGGCCAUGCUCCCACAAACUUCGCCAAGUGGCGGACUGCCACCACGCCUUACCGUGUUGAGUGGGAAGCUGAUUUCGAGCCAUAUGUUGUUGUGAGAAGGGACUGCCCUGAGUAUGACCGGAGGUUUGUGGGCUUUGGAUGGAACAAGGUGGCUCAUAUCAUGGAACUGGAUGCACAGGAAUAUGAAUUCAUCGUGCUGCCCAAUGCCUACAUGAUCCACAUGCCUCACGCCCCCAGCUUUGACAUCACCAAGUUCCGGUCCAACAAGCAAUACCGCAUCUGUCUCAAAACCCUGAAGGAAGAGUUUCAGCAGGACAUGUCCCGCCGCUAUGGCUUUGCCGCCCUCAAAUAUCUCACGGCUGAGAACAACAGCUAGCACCAGGAAACCCACCCCUAGGGAGAGACCUAUUCUGCAGGGGAAAAGCCACUUUGCUAUUUGGGGCCCAGCCUUCAAACUCAAAAUUUGAGCAAUGCUUUUUUGGUUUGUUUUUAUUUGUCUCUUUGGCCCAACAAAGCUGCCCACACUACAGAGAUCUGGGACAAGGAUCCAGCCAGCUCCUCUCUGCUCCACAAUCUGGCAUUCCCAGAAUGUGGAAGAGUAGCUCAUCGACACAGUCUCUUCAAGAACGGGACACAGGGGUGUUAGAGGGAGCAAAGGGGUUAUCCUACUAAAAAGCCACAAAACCGAGCUGGUCUUUAGGGAUGUUCUUGUUGCUUUUUAAGAAAGGGAAGUCAGGGUGCUGGGGGUUAGCGAUCCCAGAAAAUAAAGGCAAAACUGUCUUUUUGUCCAGAGGAAACUUUCUUUUGUGUCCUGCAAUCUAGCUGUGUAUCCAAGGUGGGGGCCAUCCAAUGAUCUGAACCAACCAUGCAGAAAUACCCAGUGGGGACAUUAUACCUGGUGGGACCUGGAGGUGGGGUGGGUUGGUUCUUUAUCCUCAAGGUCGCUCUUGUUUUGCUUUGAUUUGUUUUCCUUUGAGGGGAUUCUGUUUGUUUGUUUGUUUGUUUUUGGUCUGGGAAUCCAAAAUUGAAAACUUGAUCUUUUAAGUCUCUGAAAGAGAAUCAGCUGCGUCAGCCAACAUCCCCUUAUGAGCAGUGGCCCAGCAAGGAGGACAAGAGUCUUCAGCCAAUAUUUAAACAUGGGCAGCCCUCUUCAGGAUUCUCACUGAGGCCCCCAUGACCUUGAAUUCCCUACUCUCCAGAAUCCAGGGGCUAAGACGGGGACUGUGGAAAUAAGAAGACCAUCCCGUCUACAACCAGUCACAUUUUCUAUUGGCAGUGACCGCUUCCUGAAGAAAGGGCUCUGAAGGGGCUGCUUCGGUGCACGUGAAAGGUACGAACCUCCCAGGCCUUCAGAAGAACUUUAAUAGUUCACACAUGCCCAAUUCCGAAGAUUCACAUGUCCCUUUGGAGACCUUGAGGAAGAAUGUGUUGGGUUCCUCCGACUCCGUGCUGCUUCGCUGCGGGUGGGAGGAGGUCACAGCCUCAGGCUCCUCUGGGACCUGUCCAGAGGGCAGGCAAGCACCUUUACCAUUACAAGGAUUGAGGAGACGCUGGACUUUUUACCCAUUUUCUUGAAUCUUCAAUAUUAAUGUUGUGUUUACAUUGAUGAGAACAAAAGUCCACGCCCUCCUCUAGGCUGGGCUGUUUGUAUUGAGUUGCAAUGUGACCAGCGAACGCUGCAUUCAAUAAACGAAAGUACGGACUGUG